GCUGUGGCUGUGGCGGCCUCUGUGGUAGAGGCGGCGGAGGGGCGGCAGCGACGGCGGCAGCGGCGGCGGCGGCAGCAGCAGCAACAGUAGCAGCAGCGGCGGUGGCUCAGAGGUGGAUGAGGCGGUUAUGGUGCUAGGAGCCGGGCGGGACCUGUCGCUUUUAGCCUGCCGCUGGCACUGAGGCGUUCGCCUGCUCUCACCGGCUCCUCGCUCCGGCCCUGGCUGGGCAGGGCAGCGCGCCCCCGGGGAGGGGCGGAGCUGUAGAUAUGGUGUAAGAUAUUUCUUCAAGACUGGACCUGGUGACCUGUUACUUCUGAUAGCUUUAAGCUGACUUACAGACCAAGCGAAACCUCACAGAGUUCCUUUUUUUUUUUCUAUAUACUCUUCUUUUGGCACCUAAGUUCACCUUGCAGCCAUGUAUGGGAGUGCUCGCUCAGUUGGAAAGGUGGAGCCAAGCAACCAGAGCCCUGGGCGUUCACCCAGGCUUCCACGCUCUCCUCGCUUAGGUCAUCGUCGGACCAAUAGUACAGGAGGGAGUUCUGGAAGCAGUGUUGGAGGUGGCAGUGGCAAAACCCUUUCGAUGGAGAAUAUACAAUCCUUAAAUGCUGCCUAUGCUACAUCUGGCCCUAUGUACCUAAGUGACCAUGAAAAUGUAGGUUCAGAAACACCUAAAAGCACCAUGACACUUGGCCGUUCUGGGGGACAUCUGCCUUACGGUGUUAGGAUGACUGCUAUGGGCAGUAGCCCCAAUAUAGCCAGUAGUGGAGUUGCUAGUGACACCAUAGCAUUUGGAGAGCAUCACCUCCCUCCUGUGAGUUUGGCAUCUACCGUACCUCACUCUCUUCGUCAGGCAAGAGAUAAUACCAUCAUGGAUUUGCAGACACAGCUGAAGGAGGUAUUAAGGGAAAAUGAUCUCUUGCGAAAGGAUGUAGAAGUAAAGGAGAGUAAAUUGAGUUCUUCAAUGAAUAGCAUCAAGACCUUUUGGAGCCCAGAGCUAAAGAAAGAACGAGCCUUGAGAAAAGAUGAAGCUUCCAAAAUCACCAUUUGGAAGGAGCAGUAUAGAGUUGUGCAGGAAGAAAACCAGCACAUGCAGAUGACGAUCCAGGCUCUUCAGGAUGAAUUACGGAUCCAGAGGGACCUCAAUCAGUUGUUUCAGCAAGAUACUAGCAGUAGGACUGGUGAACCUUGUGUCACAGAGUUGACGGAGGAGAACUUCCAGAGGCUACAUGCUGAGCAUGAGCGGCAGGCCAAAGAGCUGUUCCUUCUGCGGAAGACUCUGGAGGAAAUGGAGCUGCGCAUUGAAACUCAGAAACAAACCCUGAAUGCUCGGGAUGAGUCCAUUAAGAAACUUCUGGAAAUGUUGCAGAGCAAAGGACUUUCUGCCAAAGCUACGGAGGAAGACCAUGAGAGAACGAGACGGCUGGCAGAGGCAGAGAUGCAUGUCCACCACCUGGAAAGCCUGUUGGAGCAGAAGGAAAAAGAGAACAAUAUGCUGAGAGAGGAGAUGCACCGGAGGUUUGAGAAUGCCCCAGAUUCUGCCAAAACAAAGGCUCUACAAACUGUCAUUGAGAUGAAAGAUUCAAAAAUUUCCUCUAUGGAGCGUGGGCUCCGAGACCUGGAAGAGGAAAUUCAGAUGCUGAAAUCAAAUGGAGCUUUGAGUACGGAAGAACGGGAGGAAGAAAUGAAGCAAAUGGAGGUGUAUCGGAGCCAUUCUAAAUUUAUGAAAAAUAAGGUAGAGCAACUGAAGGAGGAACUAAGUUCGAAAGAGGCUCAAGGGGAGGAGCUGAAAAAGAGAGCAGCUGGUCUUCAGGCUGAGAUUGGCCAAGUGAAACAGGAGCUGUCCAGAAAGGACACAGAGCUACUGGCUUUGCAGACGAAGUUGGAGACGCUCACAAACCAGUUCUCAGACAGUAAACAACAUAUUGAAGUACUGAAGGAAUCCUUGACUGCUAAGGAACAGAGGGCUGCUAUCCUACAAACUGAGGUGGAUGCUCUCCGAUUGCGUUUAGAAGAGAAGGAAACUAUGCUGAAUAAAAAGACAAAACAAAUUCAGGAGAUGGCUGAGGAGAAGGGGACUCAGGCUGGAGAGAUACAUGAUCUGAAAGACAUGCUAGAUGUGAAAGAACGGAAAGUUAAUGUUCUUCAGAAGAAGGAACGGACAAUUGAACGAUUAAAGGAACAGAGGGACAGAGAUGAGCGAGAGAAGCAAGAAGAAAUUGAUAACUAUAAAAAAGAUCUUAAAGACUUGAAAGAAAAAGUCAGCGUAUUACAAGGAGAUCUCUCAGAAAAAGAGGCUUCCCUGUUGGAUCUGAAGGAGCAUGCUUCUUCCCUGGCUUCCUCAGGACUGAAAAAGGACUCCCGGCUUAAGACACUAGAGAUUGCUCUGGAGCAGAAGAAGGAAGAAUGUUUGAAAAUGGAAUCACAGUUGAAAAAGGCACACGAGGCCACUUUGGAAGCCAGAGCCAGUCCAGAGAUGAGUGACCGGAUACAGCAAUUGGAGAGAGAGAUUUCUAGGUAUAAAGAUGAAUCCAGCAAGGCCCAGACAGAGGUUGACCGCCUCUUGGAAAUCUUGAAGGAGGUAGAAAAUGAGAAGAAUGAUAAAGAUAAGAAGAUAGCUGAGUUGGAAAGUCUCACUUCAAGGCAAGUGAAGGACCAAAAUAAGAAGGUAGCAACUCUGAAGCAUAAGGAGCAAGUGGAAAAGAAGAAGAGUGCACAGAUGCUAGAGGAGGCCCGCCGAAGGGAAGACAACCUCAAUGACAGCUCCCAGCAGCUGCAGGACAGUCUCCGUAAGAAGGAUGACAGGAUUGAAGAACUGGAAGAAGCACUGAGAGAAAGUGUACAGAUAACUGCAGAGCGAGAAAUGGUGCUGGCACAAGAGGAAUCAGCCAGGACCAGUGCUGAGAAACAGGUGGAAGAGCUGUUGAUUGCCAUGGAAAAAGUAAGACAGGAGCUAGAGUCCAUGAAAGCAAAGCUAUCUUCUACCCAGCAGUCUCUGGCAGAAAAGGAAACUCAUUUGACUAAUCUUCGAGCAGAGAGAAGGAAACACUUAGAGGAAGUUCUGGAGAUGAAGCAAGAAGCUCUACUGGCUGCUAUUAGUGAAAAAGAUGCCAAUAUAGCUCUUUUGGAGCUUUCAUCCUCUAAGAAAAAGACCCAAGAAGAAGUGGCUGCACUAAAGCGUGAGAAGGAUCGCCUGGUGCAGCAGCUUAAACAACAGACACAAAAUCGAAUGAAGCUAAUGGCAGACAACUAUGAAGAUGACCACUUCAGAUCCUCUCAUUCCAAUCAGACAAAUCAUAAACCCUCCCCAGAUCAGAUUAUCCAGCCCCUCUUAGACCUUGACCAAAAUAGAAGCAAGUUAAAGUUGUAUAUUGGACACUUGACAGCCCUCUGCCAUGACCGAGACCCCCUCAUCCUUCGUGGACUCACUCCACCAGCUUCCUACAACUUGGAUGAUGACCAGGCAGCUUGGGAGAAUGAGCUGCAGAAGAUGACCCAAGAGCAGCUUCAGAAUGAGUUAGAAAAGUGUGAGCGGGACAAUGCAGAGCUUCAGGAGUUUGCCAACGCCAUCCUGCAACAGAUAGCAGACCACUGCCCUGACAUCCUGGAGCAGGUGGUCAAUGCCCUGGAAGAGUCAUCCUGACCCUGCCUUAGGAGAAGUGUCCAACCCAGCAGCUGUGAGCCAAGGAGCCAAGAAAGGGAAACCACAAGGAAUAGACGUCAGAAACACCUUGGCACCAAACGUCACCAUCCUGUCUUGCUCACUUGAAGAAGUAUGGUUGCAGCCUGUUUCUACAUCUUACUCUGCCUUUCUGCUUUGAGUGUUGUCUCUGCAUUAAUUUUCUUGGUGUCCAAGGCAGGCAAAUGGCUGUCUCCGUGAAGAAUUGACCUCCUAUCAUCAGAAGUGGAGAGCUGUGGAAGCUGGUGCUCUACCCUCAGGGGGACUUGAAGUAGAGAGCCCACUCACUUCUGUCCUCUGACAGGACAGCCACAUCUGGACUGUGUCCUAAGUUCAGCAUAGCAAGAGAAUUCUCACAGUAGAGCAGAGCAUUGAGUGUUUUAAUAUCACAGUGGGUGCUUUCUUCCAAAAGGUAAAACAAUUUGAAAAAGCAUAGAAAAAGGGAUGGAGAUAAAAAGAUCAAAGACAAAGAGAACAACCAACUUCUCUUUUUACUCUCAUUUAUGUUUUUCCUGUAUAGUGGUUUAUAGGAAUUGGGGGCAGAGGCUGAGCUGUGCUAACUUAGCUAGCACUCAGCUCCAAGUGUGUCUUCACUCCAGCCCUGUCUGUCUCAUCUUUCUUGCUCCUCCUCAUUAAAGGAGGAAGAUGUGAGUGAUCCUAACCCUGCUCCCUCUUAAGACAUUUGAUCUUCCCAUGCUUCAUUGUUAGAUUGAAUAUCUCUCACCUGGAGAACUUGACAUAUGGAGCCCUCUUGUCACCCAUUCACUUCUCCAGAAGGUAACGUUCCUUGGGGUCAGUCCAAUUUCUUUCUACAACUCCCAGAAUGCCACCUGCCUCCCUCCACCCACACCCAGCCUCUGCAGCAUAGUAAUUUCUGAAGCAUGGAAUCCAUCACUCCUCACUUUGCCCUUGACCUGUGUUCUCAGAAUCCAAGCCCCAUUCACUACUGGGAACCGUCUUCUAGGACAAAUGAGUUUGUCUUAUCCCACACACAUUCCAUCCUGCAUUCCUUUAUUCAGAGAUUAUUUAUGAAAAUCCCUACUGAGUGCAAGUCAAUGUGUCACAUACUCAUGCUUGAAAAUGUCUCUUUUCAGUGAUGAAAAUGUAUGGUAGGUUCUUUGACACAUACUUGCUUAAGUCAAAGCAGUAAAGCAUCAGACCUUUCCCCACCCUCAUCUGAACAGAAGGUGGCUUUUCUAGAAAAAAUCUCACAAGUCAAUAGUUCUUGUUAUAAAGGAAGUGAUAGGUUUGGAUUUUCAUCACCUUUUUGUAGUAUCGCUGUUGAUGGGCUAGGGUUUGCUGUUUGUGGUUGAUACCCUUAAACUAUGUCCUGUUUAGAAGACUCUGGGUACCCACUGUAAAGAGAUUUUUUUUUUUUUUUUUUUUUUUUUAACAUAAAACUCAGAACUCAGCCAGCUCUAUGCUGAAAUCCAAAAAGUGUAAGUCCAGAUGAAGGAAUUAGAAUUUUGGAGAUAAUUUUCUCAAAGACAAUGACAGUUGCAAAUAAUUAGGUACCAAGAAAUAGACCACUUGACCCAAAGCUUGCCUUCUGACCACUUCUCUCACCAAAACCCCUCUAAACCCUUUCAUCUUCUGAGAAGAGUUGCUGGAGUAAGUGUUUUUGUCUUGGAUCUCUUCUCUCCUUUGCACUUACCCAAGAGACUUCAUGCUGCAUGGAAAGACCUCACAGCCACCAGUCUAGGAUCUCCUUUCCUGUCCCAUUAACUUACAUAGUCACUUCUGUAGCUCCCCUGCUUUCCUGCUAUAAAACAAUCCCUUUCCUGUGAGACACUAUGGGGUACUCCUUAUUAAAGGCUUUAAUAAGCUCUGUCCAUAAACCUCUCACUGAGCUGCUUUUUGCUGGAUGGCUGGCUGGAGGAGGUGCAUGGAUUAGAUGGCAAGUGGUGGUUUGUGAUAAGCAGUUACCUCAGUUCUGUAUAUUUAUUGACUGCCCUUAAGUCUUGUAGAAAGUACGAAAUAUUGCAGGGCUGAAAUACUAGAUUCUCACUUUGGCCAUAAUAGUAUAAGGAACUGAGGUAUGAUAAUGGCCUUUUCAGGGCUAGAGUGGAAUAGAGAAAGCAGAAGAGGACAUGCCCAGACACGGCAAGGGACAUAGACAGGCUCCCUGGACUUACCCAUCAGCUUCUGUCACCUAGUGCAGUGGCUGCCACUCUGACCUUUCAGUAUGUGGCUCUCACUGUUCUUACUAUGUUCUCUUCAACCUAGCCUCCAUGAGCACUUCCCUUUCAGAAAAACUGUGAAGCCCUCUGACAGGUGCUUCUAGGAAGAAAAAUUUCCAGAGCAGACCACCUCUAUGCAGCCCGGCAAGAAGUCUGUAAUCUUUCUUGGGUAGCAGUCUAGCAACUCAAAUGAUCCUGGGAACUGUUUGGCUGAUGUCUGACAGUAAACAUGGCCUUCUUUUAUAUUGUAGGGACAAAGUGAAUUCAUUUUUCAGCACUGGGGGUACUUUAGUGAAUUCAGAAUCUUCCAGUGAGUCAACAUUUGUGAAGUGCACAACUCCCACCACACUGGGAUUCCAUGACCCUCCUGUGGUAUUCAUGGAAUUGCAGGCCACUCCCCUGCCACUUCGUGUGUAUAGCUUUGAGAACUCACUGUGAGGCUCUUGUCGUCUUCCCCAUUCAUAUCUGUUCUGUUGACAAAUCUAGUCACCCUUUAGUACCUGAAAGUCUAUACUCCAAACCAAAGUUGUCAUGAAGAGGACUGUGAGAAAAAAGGGUAGAGGCCACCUGGGACACAUGACUAAAGAAGUGCUGUGUGGUUCUCAUCUUUUCAUCUCCCUGGAUCCUGGGUAGUUUUUGAGUUAACAGUAAAGUAUCUGAAUUGAGAUUUGUAAGGACUGGAAUACCAUUUGUAAUGGAAAAGACUUUAAAUGAUCUUUAAUUAAGAAAUGAGAGAAUCCUAAAUUUAUCUCAAAUCUAACUUUGUCCAUGAAACCUUACAAUCUAAAGAUCUAAAUGCAUCUCUUUACAUUGGAGCUUUAAAAUAAUAGGAAAGCAGAUUGAAGCCAAGACCACCUUCAGUGUUGCUAGAGGCAGUGUGACCUGCCACUUUUUGUCAAUUAAAAUAUGCUUUCCAUGAAGAAAUGGAUCACUUACCACUCACCAGAGUGAGAGAAGAGGGAAAAGAAGUCAUCACAGAGUUUUUAGUCCAUGGCUGCCCUCGCCCCUGCCCACUGAUGGUCAUGAUUGGCAUCUGGACUGCUGAUCCAGGAACCAUCACUCCCUGCAGUCUGACCUCGUCACUUAUGCAUAGGCCCAUUGGCUACUCUCAGGGUCUUUGAGGAAAGAGCAAAGCAAGGAAUCUGUUGCUCCAUAGAAUGAGAUCCCCCUUGGCCUUUCCAAGCUCCAGUGCACCCUGUGUCAACAGUGUCAGUGACUUUCCUAUGUGCCUCCCUAUCCUCAUGUCCCUACCUGCAGAAGUCCAUUCCUGUGAAGAGGAGCAAGAGGAGAGUUGACUGUAGCACGCGAGCUGCCUUCUGUGAGCCCAGCCCUCCAUCACUGCCAAUUCCUGGGUUUCUCAGGAAGGACUAGAAUCCUCCAAAGAACGUUUGAAAAAGAACCUACAGAUUUCCCCAUGUGACAGAGAAUAUUAUCCAGAAAGAAAAUAUACAUUAAGUGGAAUCCUUCUGAACAAAAUGGCUGUCUUUACCUACUCUUUUUAAGCAAAAACUUUCUAAACUUUUUAGGGUUAAAGUAUAACCAAGUGUCUCCUGACUUUUUUUUUCCAAUGUGUUUAGUGAGUGCUGUGACUCUGUUGUAGGUAUUUUUUCUCCUGCCCCUUUUAGGGGAAAAGUGGUUUUAGGGGUUAAUUUGAGGGAGUGACUUUCUGUCCCCUCCCACCUCUUUUUGUUUCUGUGCUUGUCAAUAUUGUCUGUGUGAUUCAGAGAAUUGGGGCAGUUACUUUGUGUCCUUUGUUGCAAAUACUAAAACAUUAAAAAGUAGCUGUAGAACUGAAAAAAAUCUGUGUUUUUAAAAUGCAAACCAAUACCAUGUUAAUAAAGAAAUUCAAGCUAUGGGGCAGCCAAACUCCUCCCCCCACACACACUGGCUGAGGUGUCAGCCAGACCAGCACUCCACUCCGGGGAGGUGACUGCCUGCGUGUGGCUGACAACUGCCGGAUAAGAGAAAUGAGAAUCUCGGAGCACAGAGGCGCUCAGUCGUGCCAGGAUUCUCCCAUACAUCCUCAGGACCUCUGGGUGCAGGUCUCAGAGUCGAUGACCCAGAACUACCCUGACUCCAUCUAGGUCCCUGCGCAGUGUGCCUAGCAUUGUGUGGCAACUGGGUUUUGACUCCUUGGCCCCUGCCAGGCAGGCCACAGAACCUUUUUCCUACCCACUUGGUGCUAUAUCGUCCAGUGACCAUCCCAUAGGGCCACACUGGCCAGCCUGGAGCCUGCAAUCCAGUGCAAUGAGUUGUUCUCAAAACUUGGUUCCUUCCAACUCAGACCCUAGAUUUCUUUCCCUUGAAGCUUUUUAAGCCCACAUCUCCUGGGCCCUGACUCUAGUCAGGCCCUAGAGAUACCAUAGUCAGGAAAGACAGUGAACCAUGCUGAAGUGAGAACCCAUCCCCAGGCCAGAGUGAGCACUUCAGCUGCCCUUCUUCCCAUGCCACACCAGUAUUGCAUCUGUCCUCUGAGACAGCCAGACCUGCUGGAAGGCACUUGCCACCUGUCAGGCCAGCCUUCCCCACUGCAGGACUAGGAGCCUACCACAUAGUGUCAGGAUGUCCCGAAUGGGUGUUUGGGAUUUGCUCCCCUCUUUGAAAGACAUGCAUUGCACUUUAGUGGGGAGCUGGGGAGUGCUGGGUACUGGCCCAUUGUAGCUUGAGUCCCUUUCAAUAACAGCAGCAGCAGCCUGAUGGUGGUAUCUGUGAUGCAAACACACCUACUGCCUUCAACUGUACACGUGUGUCAUUACUGAGGUCAUGUUGCCAGCUGGACAAGGACAUUCAAAGAAAUUGUGUUCUGUUCAACUUUGCCUUGUUUAUUACUGUAAACACUUUGUUCAUGUUUUUCUUUUUUAUUCACAAACUAAAUCCAUCAGGAAAUUAUAAAGUUAUU